AAUCUUCGUGUUUGGUCAGCUGAUAGUGGACUGUACGAGUUACAAAACAUUGGAGAAUAGCAUACAGCAGUUUAGUGUAAUUUCAGGGCAGAUACAGAGAAACUCGCUAUUAACCUUCGUCUAACUGAAUGUAGUCACCGGAGUAUGUCAACUAAUGGAUCCCGCUACGACCACAGCUCCGAUGCAGAACGACUGUGAGACAGAACCAAGUUCAGUCUGGAGCUGGUGGCCAUCCUGGCGUCCAACAUCCAUGUCCCUUUUGAAGACUACAGAGUCCAAGAUUCUUGCCUGCAUUCAGAAUGACCUAUGGGCCAGGUUUGUGACCCUACCAAGCCAGGAUCGGAUAUGGACUUUAACCCUCACAAACAAGGUGGUUCGCAAACCUGCAGCCCCUAAGACUCCCCUGGUGAUGGUCCAUGGCUUUGGAGGAGGAGUAGGGCUGUGGAUCAGGAAUCUGGAUGCGCUGAGCCGGUCACGGCCGGUCUACGCCUUUGACCUCCUGGGCUUUGGCAGGAGUUCCAGGCCUUCCUUCCCCUCAGAUGCUGCCAAAGCAGAGGAGCAGUUUGUCAACUCCAUUGAACAGUGGAGACAGUCUGUAGGCCUGGAGAACAUGAUUCUGCUGGGGCACAGUCUUGGGGGCUACUUAGCUACCUCCUACGCCAUCCAGUACCCUUCUAGAGUGUCACAUCUUAUCCUGGUAGACCCCUGGGGUUUCCCUGAGCGGCCCCAGGCACAGACCGAUGGGAAUGGCAGUCAGGGAACAGAGGUGGUGAAGAGGCCAUCUGUUCCACGCUGGGUGAAAGCUAUUGCAGCGGUGGUUUCUCUCUUCAACCCACUGGCUGUCAUUAGAGCAGCAGGCCCGUGGGGUCCGGGCUUGGUGAACAGAUUCCGUCCUGAUUUUAAAAGAAAAUUUGAAGAUCUGUUUGAUGAUGACACUAUGACACAGUACAUCUACCACUGUAACGCACAAACCCCGAGUGGUGAGGUGGGUUUCCGUGCCAUGUCAGAGUCUCUGGGCUGGGCUAAGAGGCCUAUGCUGCAGCGGGUUCACCUGCUGCCGCCCUCCAUGCCCCUCACUAUGCUGUAUGGAGAACGGUCCUGGGUGGACAGCUCAUCUGGGGAGAGUGUGGUCCAGAUUAGGGACCGGGCCUACACCAGAGUGCUGCUGGUAAAUGAAGCCUCUCACCAUGUGUAUGCUGAUCAACCAGAAGUGUUCAACAGAGUGGUCGAAAACAUAUGUAACUCUGUCAACUGACUGCACGUGUGUUUGUGUGUGCACAAACUUGUUGCUGUGCAAGGCCUAAAAGUAUAGAGACAGUUCAUCGUGGUGGUUUUAACAGUGUAACCUUUGCAUGUGAAGCACACUGGAUGGUUUUGUUUGGGGCAUAUCUACAAAUCAUGUAGAUGUUCGCACAUGAGUUUGAAUGUAAUUUUGUUCUGAAUCCUGUUCUCAUUGUAACAGGUUAUUCGUGUUAUUACUGAAAAAAUAUUUGUUGAUAUUUAUUAGCCAGUGUAUUUAGUAGUAGUAUAUUUAGUAACUUUCAAACAUUUAUUUAUUAACACUGAAUUUAUUUGUUAAUGUAAUCAUACAGAGCAUUAAUGGAACUGCUUAAUCCAGUGCUGAAUUAUGUUGCCUGCUGUUAUAUUUUUUAACUGUAAGUGAAACACGCACACAUCACUCUGGAUGCACUGGGUUCAUGUUUUACAGAGUAGCCUCAUGGCUACUGAUUGACACAUUUUACAUGUGCCUGACAUCAAACUUUAAGCAAUACAUGUCAUAUUUUCUUUGACUCCUGUUUUUGUCUUAUACCUUUCCCAUUGUUUCAAACGGCUGUUUGUAUUUUAUACUUUGAAAAUAAUAAAAGCUUAUCUGACAAACUG